AUGGCUCAUUCUACUACCUCUUCAGUUGAAACCAAUGGUCUUACAAAAGAAGACCAUAAGGAAACAAGUUCAUUGGUGGUUUCCUUUGGGGAAAUGCUGAUUGACUUUGUGCCAACAGUCAGAGGAGUUUCACUCGCGGAGGCACCGGAUUUCAAGAAAGCUCCUGGUGGAGCUCCUGCCAAUGUAGCUGUUGGUAUCUCUAGACUAGGCGGUUCAUCUGCUUUCAUAGGCAAGGUUGGAGCAGAUGAAUUUGGUUACAUGUUGGCCGAUAUUUUAAAGCAAAACAAUGUCGAUACUUCUGGCAUGCGGUUUGACACUAAUGCAAGAACUGCAUUAGCUUUUGUCACGCUUAAAUCUGACGGCGAGCGCGAGUUCUUGUUUUUCCGGAAUCCAAGUGCUGAUAUGCUUCUUCAAGAAUCAGAACUUGAUAGAAAUCUCCUAAAGCAGGCUAGAAUUUUCCAUUAUGGUUCCAUUAGUUUAAUUGAUGAUCCAUGCAAAUCAGCACACAUUGCUGCUAUGAACAUUGCCAAAAACUCGGGUUGCAUUCUCUCUUACGAUCCGAAUUUGAGAUUGGCGUUAUGGCCGUCUGCAGAGGCUGCUCGGAAUGGCAUAAUGAGUAUAUGGGAUCAAGCCGAUGUCAUUAAGAUAAGUGAAGAUGAGAUUACAUUUUUGACUGGAGGUGAUGAUCCUUAUGAUGAUGAUGUUGUUUUGAAGAAACUUUUUCAUCCUAAUCUCAAACUCUUGAUCGUUACCGAAGGGUCCGAGGGUUGUAGAUAUUACACACAGGAAUUUAGAGGCAGAGUUGGAGGUGUUAAAGUUAAACCUGUUGACACAACUGGUGCUGGUGAUGCAUUUGUUAGUGGAAUUCUAUACAAUAUAGCUUCUGACCAAACUAUUUUCAAGGAUGAGAAAAAACUGAGAAAGGCUUUGUAUUUUGCUAAUGUAUGUGGUGCCAUAACUGUAACAGAAAGAGGAGCAAUUCCUUCACUUCCUACAAAAGAAGCUGUUUUGCAAUUCUUACUAGAAGCAGCUGUAAUAUAA